AUGGUACUUGAAAAUCAGGACAACAGUAUUAAACCGUUCUUUAGACAACUUGAAACUAGUAUAGUCGAAGAAACGAAGCCAAUACCGAACAAUAGGAGAAGCAGUGAAGUAAAGGUGAUAAAAGAGAUGAAGAAGGAGACAACAUCGUUUGAUGCAGAUAUUGACUAUGAUGAUGGAAAACUGCGAAGGGGAUCGCUGAAGGAUGAAGAGAAAAAUCUUUCCUUAUCCCAUUCCUCGGCAUCCGAAGCAAGAGAAAAAGCUCGCAAAUCACUACCUACCCUAAAUUCCAUCAUGGGAACGUCUGAUGAAUACGAUCCUGACAUACCUAAGCCGGAAAUCUCUAGG